UUUUUUUUUCUAAAAAUGUCUUUAUAUAAGAGACCUUCAAAGUUAACGAGUCUUUGGGAUAUAGAGUCAUCGGAUGAAGAAAGUACAACGCAAGAUGACGUACAGAGUUCUAGGCAUUCUUUCCCAAAAGAAGAAUAUGAAAAGAUCAAGGAUAAAACUCGACAAGGUUGUCUUUGUGACGACUGUGAGAGAGCAAUUGAUCCAACAGUUCGUCCAGACUUUACAGCUUUGCUAAGUAUAUUUACUUCUGAAAAGUUAUUACGUCAAGCGGCUAUAUUUGCUGGAACACGCAAAAUCAACGAGAAGAUUGUUGACCAUUUUCACACUACAUGGAGACAUCCUAUGCAUAUGGGUGUACCAAAUGUAGAAUUUGUAUCAUUUAUGAUGAGUGACAAGAAAGUUUGUCAAAGAUUUGAUGAAUAUAUGUCGGAAUUAUUGUUGAUAUUAGAUGAUCCACAUGUAAAACCUUUAUGGCAUGGAACAACUGUUAAAUGCAAGUUUGAUGAUAAGCCUUGUGAUCCAAGUUCAACAGAUAGUUGUGCUGGAUGUAAUAUAUUAAGUAAAGGAUUUGAUAUUAGUAAAAGUGGGUCAGCUAAUCCAUUUAAGAGGUUCGGUUCAGGAAUUUAUUUCGCGCCAAAUUCUUCUAAAGCUCACAGUUAUGCUGCUCCUAGAGGAGGCUCAGAAGAUCUUUUUACAAUUUUAUUUUGCUUUGUAGCUUUGGGAAGAUGCCAUACAACUGUUGAUGAUAUGCCAAGAUUAUCGGAGCCUCCUUAUCCUUGUCAUUCUGUUCAUGGACGCGUAGGACAUAGGUUGAAUUAUGAAGAAUAUGUAGUUUAUAGACCAGACGCGGUUGUACCAUUUGCCGCCGUAACAUAUAGAAUGAACAAAUGGUGAUCAGACUGUGUAUAAUUGUAUAGGUAUAAUUGUAUAGUGCGUCAGUGUUUAUUCACGUGAUGUAGAUUGAUGUUCAGUUACACAAAUAUAUUUAUAUAAAAUAUGCAAAUAAAAUUUUUUUUUUU